AAUAAUAAUAAAAAAAUAAAUAUAUAUAUAUAGACAUCAUGUCAUCAAUAGAACAAAACAGACAAAACAAAAGGUGUGUGUGACAGAACAUUCAUGUGGUUUUCAGUAAUGAUAAAUGACAAUAUAUACUGUACAUGACAUAUAGGACAAAACUUCACACUUGUUCAAGCAGUUAUGUAAUAAAAUGUUGCCAUAUCCGGCUGAAGUUAUCAUUAGGACGUCGCAGAGCCAGUCUGAUCUUUUCUAGCUUCAAGAGUUGCAGCGUAUCAAGAGUUGCAGCGUAUGGUUCCUCUUUAUUGAAACCGCGUUCUCUCACUUCUCUCAUCCACUGUGAUCGUGUCGGGAUCAGUCGCUGGAGAAGCUUUUGACUUGUUUACUGUUCGUUUGUCUUUAUGACUUUAGCUUCGGUUAUUAGGAGUUCACCAGGUUUCAGGUCUGUUCUUCAGUAACAGACCCGGAGGAGCGGAGACCCGGUUGUUCGUUCUCACAGAAUGAAAGACAGAUGUCUGCGUUCAAGUCUCUGGUUGUGUGGAUCCUCAUCAUGUGGACUUUCACCACAGCAGAUGAUGAGGUCUCCUGUGUUUUAGAGGAGAGCUGCAUCUUACCCUGCAGUUUUCAACCUGGUCCAGACCCAGUCAUUUACUGGAUGCAGGUGAAACCAGGAAACACUCGUGUCCACUCCUACUACAGUGACAGAGACCAGUUUGAUCUCCAGAGUGAGCGCUUCAGAGGCCGGACAUCGCUGUUCACAGAUCAGAUCUCCAGAGGAAAUGCCUCGAUCAGGCUGACGGGGCUGCAGCUUCAGGACCUGGGCAGAUACGAGUGCUACACCAACACCAUCACUGGAGCCGGCAAGUCGUCAUUUAUCAACCUGAGAGCAGAUGCUCCGGUGCGUCACGUGGACAUUGAGCAGGUGGAGGACAGCUUCACCUGCCGCUCAGAGGGGAUCUACCCCGAGCCACAGCUCACCUGGUCCACCAGGCCUCCGUCCAACUUGACCCUUCAGAACCAAACCACAGUGAAGGAGACGGAGCAGCAGCUCUAUGAGAUCAGCAGCACACUGACACUGUCAGACAGAGACACUGUUCUGAUCUGCAGCAUCAGCACUCGCCAUGGCAGGAGGAGCGCGGUGUGGUAUCAACCCACUCCCGUCCGUGUGUCAUCGUUAAUAACAACAACAACAAUCCACUGCACUGCUCCAAACACCAAACCCCCGACACACUGGGUGUGGAAAUUCAACCACAGGCAGAUCAUUGUGAACCAGACCGGGGUCGAUGGCCUCCACAGCGUCUCAGAGCAGUGGAGGCAGCAGGUGGAGGAUGUGUCAGCGUCAGGCAGCCUCACGCUGCACCACUUAUCUUCAGAUCACCAGGGAACGUUCACCUGUGAACUCAGUAGUGAAGAGGAGACGCACUUCAUCAACAGCUAUGUGACGAUAGAGAAAGGUUCAGUUGUGGUCGGAGUCCUCGUUGUGUUUGUAGCAUUAGGAGCUGGAGCAGGAUUCUACUACUUUAUAAGACUGAAGAUGCUUCAGACGACACAUUUAAAAUACGGUGAAGGUGAACUCUCAAAGACUCAGUGUAAAGUUGUGGCCUCAGCUCUGAAGUCAGACCCCUCACUUCUGACCGAACUGGAUCUGAGGGUCAACGAGCUGCAGGAAUCAAGAGUGAAGGAGCUGUGUUCUGGACUGGAGAAUCCAAACUGUCGACUGGAGACUCUGAGGUGGGAGAACUGAGUGGAUCUGAGUGUGAAGAGGACAGUGUGUGUGGACGGAGGCUGAGCUGUGUCCUGAGGAUCCAGAGGCUGAAGCAGCAGCAGCUUGUGUGUAGAGCGGCUCUGACUGGGCCUUGUUGCUGGGAGGCAGAGUGGAGACAGAGCUCCAGAGGAAUCAGGAGGUUGUUGUAAUAUGUAACUUCACCACUAGAUGGCCCUCGCUACCCAUUGUGUUUAUUUACGUGAAGAAUGUGUCUGAGAGAUGAUGUCCUGAAGACAGUGGACAUGUUGGGCCUGUUGUGUUGAACAGUUUGUGUUAUUUUAUGGAGACACUUUUCUCAACUUAUAUUCUUAUAUUUAUAGUUUAUAGUAUGUCCACUUUGGACAAUUCCAAUGCACUACUUGCUAAUGACUUACUGAAAGCAGUGUUUUGAAAUGGUGUCAGUGCAAUCUGUCUUAAUAUAAGUCUGGUUGGUGGGGUUAGUAGGUCAAACCUAUUGUCAUAAUGACAAUAAGAUUAUUGUGUGGAGAGGUCAUCAUGUUAUGGCACAUUUAAUGUUUUAUUCAAAUGUAUUUUUAUAAACAACACGUCGUCCAAAGGAUCCGAAUUAUGGGAUAUACUUUGUACUUAUGGAGAAACGAUUUUGCUGAUCUAAUCUGCCGCUCUUUUACAAGACCCGAGCAGAGUGACACAUCUGUCUAACUUACGAAUAUUUCUUAAAUGAGAAUAUUUAUUUGUGUUACUUGUUCUUAAAGAGUUUCGAGGCUUCAGCAGCAGAGGAGUGAGAAGAGAAAAGAGUUUUUAUGAUGGACAAAGAGAAAACUACUGUUUUAUUAAAAUGUUUUUUUCAUAAA